AUGUCGUACGACACCUCGUUCGCCCCGGACAGGACCCCAUCCUCACCAACCAGUCCGUUCCUUCCAGACCGUCAGACGAGUUGCAACUGUAAGUCGACUUGCGAGCAUCGCAUUCAUCCUGGUCGCGCGGGUGUCAGCAGCAGCCACCGACGCCCUCGCGACACUACCAUGCACGUUCUCGUGGCCGAUCGCUUACCCGAUCUGACCCCGUAACGGUUUCCGUCAUGAUCAUAGCUUGCAAGUUGGGUCUCGAACAAACGCUCGACUCCACCGUCGUGACCUGUGGCAAAUAUCUGUACCAGUCAGUCCUCAACGCGCGUCGUCGUCGGACGUUGCCUCCUCCCGACAGGGGCUACAGCCGUUGUAUCUGGGCUCCCUUGACGUUGCGGAUCCGCUGACCCCACUAUGGACACCCUUCUCCCAACGUGCAGCGUCGACUGGUGAGUCUCGAUUCGGCUGCGCACGCCUCUGUGACAGGCUUUGCUGAUCCGCAGUGCGCUCCUCGGUCCCUCCCCCGCUCCUCCCCCACACGCGCAGCUUGUGAGUCCCACCCCACUCUUCCGCGGCAUCUUCCAAGCAACGCUAUGCUAACCCGUCCAUUCAAAUGGCCGCUCAUCCAGCCGAUGCGCAAAAUGCAACAACCUUGUCGAACACGACACGAACCUCCUCUUGCUUUCGGACGGCCUGCCCGUAUGCCAAAACUGCUCCUACAUCUGUAGCACCUGUCACAAGUCGAUUGACAACUCGGCGGUCGUCACAGGUACGCAAUUGCAAAGAUGUCUACUAGCAUUCAGUCUCUUCCCUUUAAUCGAUCCAAUUUCCGCCCUCAUCAUACCCAGGUGAACAUAGCUAUCACACCGAAUGCUUUCGAUGCUGUCAUUGCGCCGAACGCAUCGAGGGACUGACCUAUGCAAAGACCCAACUCGGCAUCUGGUGUAUGGCCUGUCACAACGAGCGCAUCGCGCAAGGGCGGAAAAAGACAGAAGCCAAAAAAGCCGCCCGAGCGGGGAGGAAGAAGGAGAAGGAAGCUGGGCGGACUAAAGCCGAACGCGACAAGGAUCGCAGUGAGCGCGCCCAUGCGGUGGCGAUUGCAGCCAUCAAUGGUAGUCAGGUCCCUACCUCCUCUGGCUCUGGCUCAGGAGGACACGCCAAGUCGGCGUCUUCGUCGUCGAACUUUGCCCUUCGGAAAAGUGGUGAUUACGAACAAGGCAGCUACGACAUGUCCCCUUCGCCCAAGGACAAGGACUUUUCAGCACAGCAAUAUCACUUCCACGAUACGUCGCGCCCCAACUCGUCACCACAAACGCUGCACUGGCGGCCCCAGCAUACACCUUUGCCCACGUCCGCCACGACAACGGCCAUCUCGUCCCUGGGAGGUCGCUUGAGCUCAGACACAAAAGACCGUCCUCCACGGCCAACUCUCCCCAUUCCGCCACAAGAACGGUCCCCUGCGAUCUCGGUCGGGACCAGCGAUGAUGCCGGUGGCGCCAGUCCAACCUUUUCGGCGUACAUGGUACGACGCGAAUCUGAGUCGAGCACCCUGCAGCCCAUUAACGCCGAGCAGAAGCAGAUGAACCGACGCUCUGGGUUUUAUGGCUUCGCCCAGCGACCCUCGAUCGACGAGGGUGCACCAGUCGCGACGGAUGACUUGGACGGCACAUACGAACGUAUUGGGCAUGAGGAAGAGCCCGUUGAGGACGAUGAUCGAUCUCCCGCCAAGGAGAAUUACGUUGAUGAAGAUCCGACAGAGGCGCUGCAAUACUCGGCUCCACAGCAUCAGCCUCCAGCCGCAGCGCAUCCACCGAGCUCGACUUAUUUACCCGACCUGCAUAACUCGAUGUCCUUCUACGACCCCGACACCCUCCUCUUCCUCAACCACGUCGCGUCGCCUCGCAACCAUUCAGCAUCGAACUCGUUGACUCAUGGUCCCACACCUCCACGGAAAUCGCUGGACGAGGAGAAGACGCAUUCACAACGACGUGGACCUUCGGAAGCCUCGACAGCCUCGGACGCGAUCGAGCAUCUCAGUCCUGAUCUAGCAGGGGCCGAAUUUAACAGUUCUCGCGACGUCGCGACCGCGGGUGGUCGAAGCGUCGCGCGCAAAGUGAGGGAAUCGAUCCGGUUGUCGAGAGAUGGGAUGGAGGGCAAGACUGGCGGCGCGUCGCUGGACGUCGAGCUCGUCGAGUUGCUUCUGAAUGAAUUGGAAGAGACCAAGAAAGAGAUGCAGGAAUGGCAGUCGCGGUAUGAUGCAUUCAGAGUGAGUGCAGUCCGUCACCAGGUGCUGGGGCGGCAGGACCUGAUGAACCCGUAUUAUGCUUUUGGAUCGCAGAGAGCGUCGAGAACGGCUUUCGAAGGGUUCAGCAUGGCGCGCGAAGAAUACGAUCGCGAGGUCGCUACUCGACGCGAGGUCGAAUCUCGCCUUGAAGAACUUCGAACCAGGUUUGUCGAGCAGGCACGUCGGCUGGCCGACGUCGAUCAAGACCAGAAGACGCGGGAUAGCUUGCGCAGUCAGACGCAGGAAUUGCGGUCCUCUGUGGUGGCUACGGAACGACAACUUUCGUCCUUGCGAGCCGAGGUCGAGCUUUCAACGGCCCAGGCGGCUGAGUUGAAGGGAACUGAAUCUCCUACGAAGACCGCCAACGAUCGGAUCGUCGAAGCCCUCAACGAGCGAUUGGAAGAGGUCAAGGAUCGACACCGUGCUGAGAUCACGGCCUUAGUGGAGCAGCGCGAUGCGUUGACGCGGGAAGUCGAUGCGCUGCAGGACGCUCGAUCGUUCCUCAUCGACGAGUCGGCGACUCUGCAGGCUCGCCACGUUUCUCUCGAAGGGCAAACAGUUGAGGCUUCGAAGCAGCUCGAAUCGCUCCGAGAUCAGAUGAGCAAGCUGCGCGUGUCCCCCAACCCUGGCCCCAGUGGCCACCAUGCAUCGGCCAGUAUCUCGAGCAUGGGCAAGCUGGCCCUGCCUCGACCAUCCAUGUCUCCGAGCAUGGGCGAUCUUGAGUCGGUUGCGCGCUUGGAAGCCCCAACAGUCAAGAAAUUCAAAUGGGGCAAGGCCAAAGCCGUCACGACCGCAUCGAUUAGUGGUCCUCAACUCCAAGCCGGUAGCAGCGACCCGCACGAUCGCAAGGGAUCGGUCAUGGGUCUCAACAUGGGUUCGGGCGCUGCCGCUGGGUUAAGUCGAUCACCGCAAAUUUCUCGUUCGGCUUCGGUCUCGAUUGAUCAUGGCAUGCGGUCACACGCAUUCCAGCCGACGAGUAUCUUGCGGCCCAUUCGAUGCGAAUACUGUGGUGACAAGAUGUGGGGGCUGAACGAAGUACGAUGUACUGGAUGUGGUUGCUACUCGCACACCAAGUGCAUCCCCUACCUGUCAACGCCGUGCUCACACGGUUCCACCGCUCUCGCUUCGGAUGACACGAUAACGCUUCUGUCGCAGUCUUCGGGGAUGUUUGGUAAUCAUCUUGUAAGUUCUUUGAUGGACCAAAUUGACCUUACAUGAAGCUAAGUGAACUCUGCGUCCUCUUCCCUCAUCUAGACCGCGCAAGCACGAUCCGAGAAUCGCGAGGUCCCUUUGGUCGUCUCGAAAUGCAUCGCAGCCGUCGAAGUCUUUGGUAUGUACCAAGAAGGCAUCUACCGAAAGUCGGGUGGGAUGGGGCAAACAAAGCGCAUCACGCAAUUGUUCGAGAGCGGUCAAGACUUCAACCUCGAGGACGGGAACCAGUUCAACGACCCGGCUGCCAUCACUUCCUGCCUCAAGAACUACUUCCGAUGCUUGCCCGACCCGCUCUUCACCUUUGACUUGCACGAAGAGUUCGUCUCGUGCACCGAGAUUCCCUCGCCCGAGGAUCGAUUGACCAAGAUUGAAGCGACGUUGGCCAAGAUGCCCGAAGUCCACUACAAGACCGCGAGGUGCUUGAUCCAACACUUGCAUCGGGUGCACUCGCGCAGCGCCGAGAACAAGAUGACACCUGUCAAUCUCGGCGUCGUCUUUGGGCCGACGGUCAUGCGUUCUCGAGUCGUCGAAAGGGAAUGGUCUGACAUGGGCGCCAAGGCCAAGAUGAUCGAGUUGCUCGUAGAAAACUCGCCACGCUUCUUCGGGGUAGCGUGA